AUUUUUUACUUUUACAUAUAAAUUUAUAAAAAUGGUUGAAGCACAACGAAGACGCGUAGAAGAAAAAAUGUCUCAUAUUAUCGAAUCAAUGGAUAAAUUUUAUUUAAGAAAAAUGCAGGGUGAUAUGCAUCGAUGUGCAGCUUCGUGUUGCGACAAUGAUACAUAUUCUCUUCAAAAAGUUCAAAAUUGUGUACAAAACUGUGGCGAACCGCUCAGUAAAGCUCAACAAUAUGUUCAAUCAGAAUUUGAAAGAUCACAGAAUCGAUUACAAAGGUGUAUCAUGGAAUGUAAUGACAGAGUAAUAGAUAAAGCUGGGCCUAAUCCAACUCAAGAUAAAGUUAAUCAAUUAAAUGAUGAUUUUGAAAAAUGUGCAACAAAAUGUGUUGAUAGUUACUGCGAUCUUCUUCCAGCCUUAGAAAAAACUAUGAAAGAAUUUCUCGCAAGUGGAAAAUUUAAUCAAUAGUGUAUAAUAUAACUAUAUUUAAAUGUUAAAUUCUUUAAAUAAACAGAUUUUAUCAUUAAUACAACAAACAAUUUAUUUCAUUUAUGAUUAAGAGAAUUUCCUAUUUGUUCGAACCUCGCGCAGAGUAUGCAGUUAAGUGAAAAAUUCUAACCAAAUUUAAUCAAAAAUUUCCUAUGGACUUUCAAUUGAAAAGAUGAUAGAUAAUUAAUUUUGUAACAUAUUUCGUACUUUUACGAAGAAGUCUCAACCUUGAUCAUAUAUUAUUUUUAUCGAGAAAUAAAAAAGAAAAAUCGUAAAAAAAUUUGACAGUGGUUUAGGAUCAAAAUAACACUCGGUGUUACUUUAGGAUUAAAUAAAUGUUUGAUAAGCAACAAAAAAAAAUACUGAUUCAAUAAAAAU